AUGUUGAUGAAUGCCAGAUUCGAUUCCACAAAACCGGCAGCGUAUGUUUCCGGCUGUGAUCCACGAAAACAACGAAUUAUUAUUCGUCAAACUCCUUACGUAGAUCCUUUCAAUUGGGGAAGCUAUCUGUGGAUGUCGAAUAUGCGACCAUUGGGAUUAAUCCAACCGGACAAUACUGUCAUUUGUUCCUUACGAUACUUUCCGGCUGGUCAAGGAUCAUUUAUGCUCGGAGCAUAUGGUCAACGAAAUCGAAGCUAUCUUCAUUCUCCUCGUUCAUUUAUGGGAUUGACACUGAAUCAUGACAGAACUCGUUUCUUUGAUAUACUUUCCGAGAAGAAAAACCUCUUUCUUACCUUAUUUGGAGCUUAUGACAAAAACAACCAUGUUUUACUGGAGGAGACGUAUGACGAAUAUGACCUGAGUAUUGCUAUGACCUUUCAUGAUCCAACAAUUAGAUAUCGAGUGACCGGAAGCAUCGAUACCACUUAUAAAAGUGAAUGUGGUAGCACACCUGAUGGUCUUCCGGAUCCGUGCAAACCUGAUCCUCAUGAUUUUUAUUUCAGCUGCUUGCAUGUUGGAUAUUAUUUAACUGAAGAACGGGAGACAAUUCCUAAUCGGACCGCCAGUCGUUGUACCUUAGCUGGUCCAAGUCCCUACAGAAGCAUACUUGAUCGAAGUCAACAGUUGAGAUAUACAUAUGCAUACUGGGAAGAUCUAUCACUUAUGCGUAUGCAAGAUGAGGGAAAUAUCACUUUGGUUAUCGAUGGAGUGCAAAUGAUACCUCCACCGGAACCGGAAAUUUGCCACACAAGCACUUCUGAUUUUGAUUGGUUCUGA